AUGGAGAAGACCCCGGACCACACAGAGACCCUGAGGGUAGCUGUCGACGCCAGGAGACCCGAGUGCUGCAAGUGGGACCUGGCAAGGGAGGACGCGGAGCAGGAGCUGCGGUGGACGGAGCUGGGCUCCGAGGAGGCCCCCGCGGAAGCCGCCCAGGGCCCUGGCUGCCUUCUCCGGGCCGUGUGGCGGGGCCCCGUGGGGCUGGUGUUGCAGCUGCUGCGGCAAGGGGCCAGCGUCGAGGAGAGGGACCGCGCCGGCCGGACCCCGCUCCACCUGGCGGUGCUGCGCGGCCACGCGCACCUGGUGCACCUGCUGCUGCGGCGCGGGGCCCCGGCGGCGGCCGCCGACUGCGCGGGGCGCACGCCGCUGCACGAGGCCUCCUGGCACGGCCACUCGAGCGUGGCGGAGCUGCUGCUGCGGCGCGGGGCCCCGGCGGCGGCGCGCUGCGGGGCCGGGCUCACGCCGCUGCACUGCGCCGCCGCGCUCGGCCGCACGCCGCUCGCCGCCGCCCUGCUGGCCGCGCCGGGCCCGGGCCCCGCCUUGGCUGACGCGCGGGGCUGGACGGCGGCGCACUGGGCGGCCGCGGGCGGGCGGCUGCCGGUGCUCGAGCUGCUGGCGGCGGGCGGCGCGGAGCUGGACGGCGCGCUGCUGGCCGCGGCCGGGGCGGGCCGCGGGGCCGCGCUGCGCCUCCUGCUGGCGCGCGGGGCGCAGGCGGACGCCGCCGACGGCUCCGGGGCCACGGCGCUGGGGCUGGCGGCCAGCCUGGGCCGCGAGCAGGACAUUGAGGUGCUGCUGGGCCACGGGGCAGACCCAAGCCUCAAGGACAGGCAUGGCCGCUCUGCGCUGCACAGGGCUGCUGCCCGGGGACACCUGCCUGCCGUCCAGCUGCUGGUAGCCUGGGGAGCUGAGGUGGACACUCGGGACUCACUGGACCUCACACCCCUGCACCACGCCGCUCGGGGGGGCCACGUGGAGGUCGCCAGCCACCUGCUGGACAAGGGAGCACAGGUCAACGCUGCUGGCUGGCUGCACAAGACGCCUCUGCACCUGGCCACGGAGCAUGACCACUGUGCCACCGUGGGACUUUUGCUGAGCAGAGGGGCCAGCCCUGGCCUGAGAACACGGUGGGGUGAGGUGGCCCAGAUGUCCGAGGGGGGCCUGCCCCGCGUGCCGCCUGCCCUCUGAGGGGCGUCUGGCUCCCUAGCCCUUGCUUUUCCCGGCCACGCGCCUGGGCAGAGCAGACCUCAGCUUGGAGGCAUCUAGAGGAGGCGGCAGCCACACGGGGUCCUGGGUCUUGGGAUGGAGCGCAACCCCCCCCCCCCCAGCGUGCCCACCUGCGGCUCCUGCAGGCUCUCUGGUAAAGGCUGAGUUGUGGCAACAGCUGUGACCAAAUCCCGACACCCCCCCAGCUGUGUGUUUUCUUAGAUGUUGUAUUUGGCCGCCUGGUGCUCAAGCCAAGGGCUGCGGUUGCUGGAGUGCGCCCUGCCGUGUGGAGCCCAUUCUCUGGACCUCCCGCUGGCCUCACUGCCCUCCCAAGACCAGGUUUCUCUGGACCAGUGUCACCAGGGCUGGGACCAGGGGCCAGGGGCCGCCCGAGCACAGAGGCCAGCUGAGCUGCCCACAGAAACCUCAGUACAGGUUGAGCCCACCCUCCCCGGUGUGUCCCGUGUGUCCCCAUCUCUCCCUGCAGCAGCACCAGGCCGCCGUGCCCUGGCUUCGGCAUCUCCAGGAACCUGGAGACUCGGGGUUGUUGUCUCUGACUGCCCGCCUCUCCCAGACGCCUAGGAAAGGAGCCAUGGUCGUCAGUUGCUUUAAGAGCAGGAUUUUUGUUUUUUGUUUUUUGUUUUUAAAGACUUAUUUGAGAGGUAGUUACAGACAGCAAGAGGUCUUCCAUACGCUAGUUCACUCCCCCAAAUGACUGCAGUGGCUGGAGCUGGGCCAAUCCGAAGCCAGGAGCCAGGAGCUUCUUCAGGGUCUCCCGUGCAGGUGCAGGCGCCCAAGCACUUGGACCAUCCUCCCCUGCUUUCCCAGGCCGUAGCAGAGAGCUGGAUAAGAGCGGCAGCUGGGACUAGAACCAGUGCCUGUAUGGGAUGCCAGCACUGCAGGCGGAGCAUUAACCCACUGAGCCACAAUGCUGGCAAGGUCAGGGUUUUAUUGCUCUUUAUGGAACACAGUUCCUCUUUGGAGGCAGAGCUGGUGUGGCAGGUCAGCACCAUGGCGCCCCUGAGCCCGGGUCAGCUGUGGGAUUGAACUUGCAGGGCAGGGGAGGCCGCCAGGGACUCUGCUGGCUGGGCAGUGUGCGCCCUGGGCACAGCCGGCACCUGGGAGGUGGCAACCACUUACUCCUGGGUAGGCGCUGGCCUGACCCUCAGGUGGGUGCGGGAGAGGAUGGAGUGAGGUGAGGGCUGGAGGGGCAAUGCUGGAUGGACGACACACCCAGCUGGCCAGCACUCGGGCCCUGCAGAGCUGCCCGCUGUGUCCACUGUGGUGCAAGCUGCCCCACUCGUGCCCAGACCUUACCCAGUGGGUCCAUCUCAGCCUUGGCUUCCCUGUAGCCAACACCAAACACAGCUACCACCCGGUUCCACACCUUGGGUUGUGCUGCCCCUGCUCACAGCCUGCCAGUGGCUCCCGCUCACGUGGUGUGGCUGUGCCUGCACCUGCCAUCCCGGGUGUCCUCUGCACGCCAUCACGUGGAGGACUCUGGGGUACCCAGAGGUGACACUGGGUGGCUUCUGUAGCCACGGGGACCCCCCCCCCCCCCGGCCAGGUGGGAAAGGUGAGGCUGCCUCUGCCUUCCCACUGGGCGGGCACUGGACGGGGCACCGGGUGGGGGCUCUGGGCAGACACCAUGGCCUCCUCUGCUGCCCCAGGAAGACCACACAGAUAGCAUGCGGAGACGAGACUGC